UAACGCAUUCGCAUGUGUUAGUGAGCAAGCAGGCAUCAUCUCUACUUGUUCCCUGAGGUAUUGCUCCCCUCUAGUUUCUAUGAUGGAACCAGCAGAAUCAGAAACUCAAGAACUCUGUCUCAAAGUCGAUGGUGAACAUGCAAGGAAAUACUCAACGGAACAAAGAAGCCACAGCUUCUCAUGGAGGCUAAAAGUGUCUCUCUAUGUUUUUCUCCUCUUAGCUGGAGAGACAAUGGCCACUCUCUUAGGUAGAUUAUACUAUGAAAAAGGAGGUAAAAGUACAUGGCUCGAGACCUUGGUUCAACUUGUUGGGUUUCCUUUAACUUUGCCUUGUUAUUAUUACAUAAAACCUGAGCCUUCCAAGACUAAAUCCAUCACCAAAGAAACUACUCCCUUCUUGACACUAUCUUUAGUGUAUACUGGAAUUGGCUUGGUUGUAGUUGGACAGAGUGUUUUAUACUCUUUUGGAUUACUCUAUCUUCCUGUCUCAACUUUCUCCUUGAUAUCUGCUUCACAAUUGGCUUUUAACGCCGUCUUCUCCUACUUCUUAAACUCACAAAAGUUCACACCGUUUGUACUCAAUUCACUUGUUCUCUUGACCUUAUCUUCAACACUUCUUGUCAUCCAACCUGAUCCUGAAUCUUCUUCCAAGUCCUCGGCCAAAUACAAUUAUGUUAUUGGAUACAUUUGCGCCUUUGGUAGCUCAGCUGGGUAUUCUCUGACGCUUUCGUUAAUAGAUUAUGCUUUCGAAAAGGUGUUAAGGAAACACACUUUCAAAGAGAUUUUAGAUAUGGACACUUACCCAUCUUUUGUAGCUACCUGUGUUGUUGUGGUUGGACUUUUUGGAAGUGGUGGCUGGAAAAUGUUGAAGACAGAUAUGGAAGAGUUUAAACUUGGGAAACUGUCUUACAUUUUGAUAAAUAUCGGUUCGACGAUAUCAUGGCAAGCUUUUUCCAUUGGUAGUUUGGGUUUGAUCCUUGAAGUCUCAUCGCUUUUCUCAAAUGUUAUAAGCACUGUUGGUUUACCUAUUGUUCCUUUUCUCGGUGUUGUGUUCUUUCACGAUGAGAUGAGUGGAGUCAAGUUGAUUGCAUUGUUGUUGGCAAUAUGGGGAUUUGUUUCUUAUGCUUAUCAACACUAUGUUGAUGAGCAAAAACCAGUCGACACAAAUCAGGAGAAAGAAGAAGAAGAGAUGAAGCUUUAUCAACCUGAAGAAGAUGCACAAGAAGAUAACAGUCAUAUCCAAGCUUAGUUAAAGAUCCAAGAACCAAAACUCUUGUAAUUUUGCAGUUAUUUAAUUUAAAGUUAAGCAGUUACAUAUACAGUAGACCAGACACCACAAGAAAGUUAGAAAAUUUCUAGAUGUCAA